GAAGCAGCUCGAGCGCGAAGCGGACUUCUUUGCUCUGCCCGGCCUCGUCCACCAUGUGCGAGCGCGUCUGGUGGAGAAGCAUGUGCAGGUUAGCAUCUUCGUGGGCCGGUUCAUGUGUUCCAAUGAGGGCUGCAACUGUGGCGCCGGACAGAAGGUGGAAAUCAACGAGGUGGAAGGACUCUCCUUCUUCGACGCGGAGUUCAUCCAUCCUCGUCAGGAGCGAAGGCCUACGAUCUCUGCCCCAUCUUCCGUGCUACAAGUUGUGCUCCAACUGCAACCCGCUGAAGAGCCCCAGAACGAGGCCGUGGGUCGCGAGGGCACGUGCCCAGUGGCCUUGGAGCUCACGGAAGGAUGCCUGGGGCAGGCGACUGCUGCAAUCCGCCACGCUCUCGUCUGCUGCGAUGAGAUUGGACCGUCCAGCGCGGACGAGAUUGCUUCGGACGACUCCUCGCCAGUGCGACAAGCCCUUUUGGACCUGGCCCUGAAUUCGGAGCUCACGUUUCUCCAGUGGCUCGCUCGUGCCGACGAAUACAAGGUCGGUGAUCCCAACGAUGCAAGGUUCCAGUUUGUUCACUACGAGAAGUGCGUGAAGCUCACCUUUGAAGUCAUGCAGCGACCGGAGAUGAGCUUCGGUACAACUUCGCCGUGGCAGAGAUAG